AUGACAGAUAAUAACCUCUCAAUACCACUUGUAAGCAUAUCUCCUCCUUCAAAGCCUAAACUAGAUCCCAAAAAAUCACAGUCUCUCUCGAAGCUGUAUUUCGUUUCCGUUAUUUGUGCAAUUUUUAUGGUUGUAGAAAUAGUUGGCGGGUUUCUCGCAAACUCAAUUGCCAUCAUGACAGAUGCCGCUCAUAUGUUUUCAGAUCUCUCUGGAUUUGCAAUUGCAAUUGCUUCACUUUAUAUAUCAUCUCGCCCAGCAUCAAGCCAAUUGACUAAGGGCUAGCAAUUAAAAUAUGGCGUCUCAACUUGGGUCUGGCCUCUCAGCCAGACAGUCUCGAGCCCUAUUUUAAUUAUAUCCGGCAAGGUUUUGCUAACCCUAAAAGGACAGCAAUCCUAGGCAAGCAAUUCUGGUUGUGUUUCAGAGCCUAGCCCUCAGUUCACUUUGGGAUUAAAUUUUACCUCGAGGGAAGGGAGGUGUUCGGCGUUGGAAAGGGCAAGCCCAGCUAAGUCUACAGGUAAUACCUAGACCAAUCGGGCAACUGCGUAGCGUGAAACUAGGAGUUACGCCCCAGGUGACGAACUUUUCCCUUUUGCCGAAAGGACAUCAAAAAUCCCAUUUUUUGGGAUUUUUGUGUGGACAACCUUGUACUCAAGCAGCAAGCCGCAGAAGUCCAUAGCCCACCCACUCAACACUUGAGCCGCAGUUCGCUGUGGGAGGAGUAGACCUUGUCCCGAUGGCAGACCUUUAUGGUUUGUUUUGGACUACGGCGCAAAGCAGGUGAACCCUUCGGGGUCCUUGGUGACUGCGUUACCAAUAGGGGAGACCCAAGACUAAUUUCCAAUGUUAAUGUUAAUGACUUACGGCUACCACCGAGCUGAAAUAAUCGGAGCCAUAAUGAGCGUCGCUUUAAUUUGGGGCCUCACAAUUUGGCUCUUUUACGAAGCAGUUAUUAGAGUGCAGAACCCAAAAGAAGUUGAUGGAUUAAUAAUGCUGGUGACGGCAGGAAUCGGUCUUGUGUGCAACAUUGUUAUGGGCUGGAUGUUACAUUCUUCUCAUUUGCAUGGAGUGGGGCAUUCUCAUGGCCACGAGCACUCUCAUGACCAUAAAGAAAAGCGCAAAGACAGCCCUUCUAAAGCCAGAAAAGAAAAAACUGGCCACAAGCUUGAAGAAGACGUAAAUAUCAGAGCAGCCUCUUUACAUGUUUUAGGGGAUUUGCUGCAAAGUGUUGGGGUUACAAUAGCAGCCAUUUGCAUUGUAAUUAACCCUGAAUGGAGCAUAGCUGACCCAAUCUGCACAUUUAUUUUUUCAGUGAUCGUUGCUGGGACAACUUUACCUAUCAUGAAAGAAUGCAUAAAAGUGCUUAUGGAAGGAGCUCCCAUAAACGUUGACCUUGAUUCUUUGGUUAAUGAUAUCUUGGAGGUAAAAUUUAUAUAGAUUGAUGAAGUUUAUGAUAUACAUGAUCUGCACGUAUGGAGUCUUAGUAUUGGGAAACCUUCCUUAUCAUGCCAUCUUGGCUCAGACGACCCUGCAGUUGCUUUAGCCAAAGCUACAGCUAUAUGUCAAGAUAAGUACAACAUAUCCCACACAACUAUACAAAUUGAGAACCAGCAGGCCAAAGAGACGUUUACUUGUUCUAACAAUCUUCAUUAG